GGGUUGGAGAGUAAACAAUUUAGUUUAUGGCGCGAUGUGAUUUACUUGUAGUAUGUUAGAUAAGUGUGAUCAUCCUGUUCUGAAGAUUUAAUUUUGAUCUUACGAACGUUAGUAAUGGUACAUUCUGAACUAGUAAACAUUUUCAUUUGCUGGUCAUCGAAUCCUGUCAAUAUAACUUAAACAGAAGUGAAAUGGAAGAAUGUAAGAAGUUAGCAGAAGACAUCAAAUACUUAGCAGAAGAAACUUUGACUUUACUCUCUACUACUUCUGAUGAAAGUCUUACCUUACAACAGCAGUUAUUAGAAGUUGUUAAUCAUCUUCAAAAUGCUAAGUCUGUUCUCGAAAAAAAUUCAUUGAAUAAACCCAAUUCUCAGCAGCAUUAUACCGUAGAUUUUGAUACAGAUACAGAUGAAGAUCUUAUAGGCAAAGAUGAUGUUGAUCUACUUGAGACAGAAGAUAUUGAUCAAGAAAUGAUAAGAGCAUGUGAGGAAGCAGAAAAAAGCUUUUAUAAUGAAGAUGAAGAUUAUGAUAACACAGAAGAUUCACCAAAUUGUGAUGGCCUUAAAGUUGAUGAAAAAAAUCUUGAAACUGAUGAUCAAAAUGAGCAAGAUUUUGAUUGCCCACCUGCAAUGGAAAACCACUUGAGGCUUUUACGCCAUUACUUUGGGCAUACUUCUUUCCGACCGAUGCAGUGGAAAAUUAUUCAUUCUGUGUUAGAAGGACAAGAUAACUGUGUUGUCAUGGCAACAGGUUAUGGAAAAAGCUUAUGCUACCAGUAUCCAGCUGUGUAUUCCCAAGGUGGCAUUGCCAUUGUGAUUUCUCCCCUGAUAUCUCUGAUGGAGGAUCAAGUUACAGCUCUUAGAGUUGCCAAUAUUGAGGCUUGUUUGCUUGGCUCAGCUCAGAAAGAAAAAUCCACUGUCUUAGGAGAUUUAAUGAGUGGAAAGUACAAGCUUCUGUACAUUACACCAGAGUAUGCCACAGCAGCUACUGAAGUACUUGAUAAGUUGCAUUUGAAAGUAGGAAUCAGCCUGAUUGCUAUUGAUGAAGCUCACUGUGUCUCUCAGUGGGGUCAUGAUUUUCGACCAUCAUUCAGACAGUUGGGUGGGCUUCGAACUCAUUUCUCUGAGGUUCCAUUUAUUGCGAUGACAGCAACAGCAACACCUGUUGUGAAAAAAGACAUUAUAUCUUCGCUUAGGUUAAAAAAUCCAGCAAUUACCUGCUCCAGCUUUGACAGACCAAACUUGUAUUUGGAAGUUUUUAUGAAAAGCUCUUCAGUAGAGAAAGAUUUGACUAAAAUUUUAGGAAAUCAUGAUGGACAAACAGUAUCUGAUGGUGCCAUAAUUAUUUACUGUCCCACUAGAAGUUCCACAGAAUUAGUUGCUAGAAAAGUUCAAGAUAUGGGUUUGUCCUGUGCUGCUUACCAUGCAGGAAUGACCAAUGUACAACGAACUCAGGCACAUCAGCAGUUUGUGCAUGACCAAGUUCAGGUAGUAGUAGCAACUGUUGCUUUUGGAAUGGGGAUUGAUAAACCUGAUGUUCGAAGGAUUAUUCACUAUGGAGCACCCAAAGAUAUUGAGUCCUACUACCAAGAGAUUGGCCGUGCUGGAAGGGACGGAUUGCCAAGUAUUUGUCAAGUAUUUUAUGCACAAAAAGAUUUUAUUGUAAGCAGGUCUUUCCUUAAAACCAUAAAAAAUCCAAAGUUUUUGGAGCACAGGCAAGAAAUGAUUAACAAGAUGAGUCGAUAUCUCAACAUCACCUCCUGUCGAAGGCGUAAUUUAAUUGCUCACUUUGAAGGAAAAGACAAACCAGAUAUUGGUGGAAGAGAACGUUGUUGUGAUAACUGCACUAAAAAGUUACAGAGAAAGACAGAAACAUCCUAUGGAAUCAAGAAUGAAGAAGAAAAAAUGGACUAUGGUCCUGAAGCUAAGCUGCUUUUUGAAGCUAUACAGGCAACUGGCGAGAAUUUCGGAAUCAUGGUACCAGUUUAUCUGAUAAGAGGCUCUGCAAAUCAAAAACUUCCAGAGAGGUAUAAGACCAAUCCAAUAUAUGGAAAAGGAAAAGACAAGAAAGAAGAUUGGUGGAAGGCAUUAGCAAGAGUUUUAGUGUGUGAAAAAUACUUGGUGGAAAAACCCAUAGGUGAAAUGGGAGGUUACAAAUCACAUAGUAAACAACAGUUUUAUAUAACUGUGCUUUCUUCAGUUGCUCAGGAGUGGCUUCGAAAGGCAAAAAAAGAUAAAGACAAAGUAUGCUUAAUGCUAGAAAGAAGUCAGGAACUAGAGAAUUUAGAGUGUGUACGACAUCCACAACCUUUGCUCGUUCUUUCACAGGCAAGGAAUCAAAACGUACCUGUUGAUGGAAAAGGAUUAUCUAGAGAACUUUUACCACUUGUUCCCUGCAACACAUGGAUGUCAACUGAAAAGAUGGUCACUGAAGGUCUGAUGCAACCAAGGGCAGAAAGGAAGCCUGCUGAUCCUCGUGAAGACAAACUCAAGGGUGACUUGUAUGCAAAGCUCGUGGUACUUCGUAAUGAGAUAGCUAGUGAAGAAGGACUACCACCAUAUAUGGUAGUUAGUAACAAAAACCUGUUGGAUGUCACAACUUAUCGACCAACAACAACAGAUGAACUCUCCAAGCUCGAGGGUAUUCCAGAAGCACGAGUUUCAAAGUUUGGUAAAAAAAUUGUUGACUUCGUUCAAAACUUUUGUGAGCAGCACAAGUGGAAAAGUGAUUUAUUACCUGAAAAUCAGGUCACUAACAAGUUUGGGCCAAACAUUGAACAUUUAGUCAGAAACCUAACAGAAACCCAGAAAGCCAGUUACUAUUUGUUUGAAAGCAUGGGGAAAGACCUGGGGCAGGUUGCAUCUGAGAGAGGCUUAAGUGUCAAUACUAUCAUCAACCACCUCUGUGAAUCCAUUCAGCAUGGACUGCCUGUCAGCAUAAGUCGUUUGGGCAUAACUCCUCAUAUUGAAGAACUUGUAAAUAAAGCAAUUCGAGCACCACCAAUAAAUUCAGAUAUCAGUAGGUUAACUCCAAUCAAAGACCAGCUGCCUGAUAUCGUGGAAUUUAAUCACAUAAAAAUUGUUAUCGCCAUACUGAAGUGCAGAUUUGGGGUUACUGAUGCUAUUCUGGAUGUACCGCAGACGAAGGUGGAUUCAACUCUCACUAAGUUCUCUGAAGCUACAGCAAGUAGUGAGCCUUCUUCAGAUUCUCAGUGUGCAAAAAGGAAGCUACCUGGCUGGCUAGGAACUAGCAAGCAACCAAAUAAAAUUAACAAACGUCUUAAAAACUAUUCUCUGUUCUCUCGGUAACAGUAAUGUACAAAAAGUUUCUAUUCUAUCUUAACUGCCAAAAGACAAGAUAUCUGUAGGUAGAACCUUUUUUUUAAUAUUUUGAUUCAAUUUAUUUUUGAAACCUUAAAAAUUCCUAUUACUAUACUGAUAGUAAACCUUGCUGUUGUAAAAAAUCAACAUUCCAGAUUCUUUUAACAUUUUUUAUAUUUUCAAAUAAUGUGAUUGUCUUUGUAUGUAAAUAUAAUGAAUGUUUAUGAAAAUAAAUAUUUCACUUAAUAUAAAUUUUAAUAACAUCUACAUAAGUUCAAGAAUUGUAUUGAUCCUUUCAUUGCAACUAGAACAUGAGUGCACUGGGGAAUAAUAUGUCCAAGCUGCAGUGAUUGAGUUAAAGGAAACAAUACAACUGUAAUACUUAGCUAUGUGAAAGUACUGAAUAAAAUAAAUCUCUACUAUUUUUCAAUAAUAAUUCUUUAUGUGCCAGUCUGCAUUGUAAUAAUUUUAAUAUACCAACUUGGUGCUAUUUCCUUUUAGCCUUCUAACUGAAUAUAGUUGAAGAAUAGAAAACAUUCCACUAUUCUAAUGUCAAGUUGCACAACUCCUCAUUCACUGAUGUUCAGAAGUCUCAGAAUCACCUGAACAUUGAGAAAUAUAAACUCACAGAACUUAAAAUAGGCUUAGUGAAGAUUUUUACAAUUAACUCUUUCGACAUGGACUCAGUCCCUGGGACCUACCUCAUAACCAUUUUGUGGUUGUUAUAGUUUUCAUGGUAUAACUUAAAUUAGUAAGUUUAUGUUAAUGAAAUUU